UCGGCCGAGGGCGCCAGAUUCGCGCGCAGCCCGAGCGUCGGUAGCCCCCGCGGCGCGUCAUCGCUUCCUGAGGCUGACAUUACUCUCACUCACUCGCUCCUCUGUGGAAAAACUCGGCGUCAGUCAGUGUUUGCGGAGAGGAAACUUUCUUCCUUUGACGGCGCGCAGUCGACGAGAUUUGCAGCUAUCCCAAGCACACACCGCUCCAUCUGUUUGGAUUACUGGCAUCCGCGACUCCAAAAACAUAAUCCGCAAAGCUUCUCGGAAGGUGGAUUUGUGCGGUUCCCUUCAAUUUGUGCGUGACAACUGUAUUCAAGUGCGCGCGGCUUCCGGAUAUAUCCCUGUUUUGCUUUAUCUCGCCAUAAGCGUACGAGCACAGUUUGCGGAUUUUUCUUCUUUACGGCGUUUUACUCCGUGAACUCUUUUUAAAUCUCACAUUGGUUUAAUUCGUCUUAAAUAUCUGCACCAGCAUGAAGAUACGCCCGUAAGAGUGGAGAUUUUCUCUGAUGAAAGGAGUCGAGCGCUCCGCUCGAGUUCACUAGGGUCACUUCCGGAUGAUGACAGUAAACAUGGAUGGCGGUCUCCAAAAUGGACCUGGACAGCACAAGAACUCACAAGAUGAUGAAGAAGCGCUCACCUCCAUAAUGAAUGACCUGGCAGCUUUACGCUUCUGUUACCAGUUCAAGAGUAACAACAGCAACAAGCCCAAGAGCAGAACCCCGUCCUACAGACAGGAUUUACGGGUGAAGCUGGAGCAUGAGCGAGAGAAACGAAUCAUUCCGUUCCAAAGGCCACUGAAGUUCAAGGAUCUGCUUCAGAAGGUGACCGAGGCCUUCGGUCAGCAAAUGGACCUAUACUACACGGAUAAAGAGAUGUUGGUUGCUCUGAAGUGUCAGGAGGAUUUGGACCGAGCAGUUCAGGGAUUGAGCUCCAGCUCUGCAAUGAACAACCUACUGAGAGUGAUUCUGAAAACACCUCCCAACAACCAAUUCCUUCAAGUGAGCGGCCAAGACAAGCAGAGCGAGAUGAGGUCAUCCAGGUCCCUGGGAGAUCUCAAAGCCUCAGUUCUCAAAGGCUCUGAACGAGUGCGCAAACACUCUACAGGAUCUCUGAACACAGGCCGCACCUCACCCCCUCCGGGCAGCGUACCAGAAGAACAACAGCAGAUCGCUCGGCAGGGGUCCUACACCAGCAUCCACAGUGAAGGAGAGUUCAUCCCAGAAAUGCUCGACUCCAAUAUUAUGGAGGCGUUUGGGAGUGCGAAUGGGUCACUUUCCAGCAGCUGUCAGUCACUGGACCAAGCACUGGACAGCCCGCCAUUCUCCCAGAACAACCGGGACAACAAUUACCUGAACCUCAAUUAUGAAUACAAAGGGCGUCACGGGAAACACGGGACCUUCCCACGCCAGUUCCACAUGUCCAGCCGCAGUAAAGACUACGGUGACGGUCGAAGGACCUUCCCUCGAAGCUUUAUGCCUCAAGAGAACAUGUUUCAGCUGGUCCCGUCCAGCCGUACGCGCAGCUAUAAUGGAGAAAGCACCUUGCUGUACAGUGGAGAUCCGCACUCCAUCAGCUGGACUGAGAAAAACAGCCAACGCAACACUCCUAAAUCCCCAAGGGCUCCUGUAAACUGGCGUCAGGGGAAACUGCUCGGUCGGGGAGCAUUCGGAGAGGUCUACCUCUGCUACGAUGUUGAUACGGGACGCGAGCUGGCGGCCAAGCAGGUGCCCUUUGACCCUGAGAGUCAGGAGACCAGCAAGGAAGUGAAUGCACUGGAGUGUGAGAUCCAGCUCUUGAAGAAUCUGCGUCACGACCGUAUCGUGCAGUACUACGGCUGCUCGCGUGAUCCAGUGCAGAGAAAGCUGGCCAUCUUUGUGGAAUUCAUGCCCGGGGGCUCUAUUAAAGACCAGCUGAAGGCGUACGGAGCACUGACUGAAAAAGUCACCCGCAAAUACACCCGACAGAUCCUACAGGGAGUCCACUAUUUGCACAGCAACAUGAUCGUACACCGAGACAUCAAAGGCGCUAACAUUUUGAGGGACUCCUCUGGAAAUGUGAAGCUGGGAGAUUUUGGGGCUAGCAAGCGCAUUCAGACCAUCUGCAUGUCUGGGAUGGGAAUCAAAUCGGUCACCGGCACCCCCUACUGGAUGAGCCCGGAGGUCAUUAAUGGAGAAGGCUAUGGACGCAAAGCAGACAUCUGGAGUGUUGCCUGCACGGUUGUAGAGAUGCUGACCCAGAAGCCCCCGUGGGCUGAAUAUGAAGCAAUGGCAGCCAUUUUCAAGAUCGCAACCCAGCCGACUAAGCCAAACCUGCCCGAGAGUGUGUCCGCCGCAUGCAGGGACUUCCUGCGGCAGAUCUUUGUGGAAGAGAAAUGGCGGCCCACUGCCGAGGGGCUUCUCAGCCACCCUUUUGUCCAGGGCAGCUUCUGAUCCUACAGAUCCCGGAUGUCCUGGGAUCCCCAGGGAAAACCACACACCUGCCCGCGGACGAUCACCACUCUGCCUUCCAGGGUCCGGAGACACCCAUCAACCAGCCAACUAAGAACAAACUUGACCACAACGAGGGGGUGUGUAUCUCCCUAACGCAGCUCGACAAAUAUCAUGGACGCUGAUAGCGCUUCCCGUAUUGUUAAUCAAAGUCAGAGCCCUGUCCCAAAUGAUGCACUUGACUUCAGAACUACAGAAUUUCAUGAGCUAAAUAGAACCUUUUUACAUUUUCAAGGCUCUCUGAAGCACUUGUUGUCAUAGUUAGGUCAACUUUUAAACUGCAUUCCCAUUA